AUGGGGUGUGACGGCCUCUCGACAACAGCUGUGCUGGCGCUAAGGCCCGCCGCUGAGAAGAGACCCACGCCACAGGGGAGCCUCUGCCUGCAGCUCCGGGUGGGCACGAGAGCUGCAGAGCAAAUUUCAUUGAUUGUAGUUUUCUUCUUUUUAAGGAUUUGGAAUGCCCUGACAGACAAUUAUGGAAACGUAAUGCCUGUAGACUGGAAGUCAUCCCAUACCAGGACUUUGCAUUUGCUUACACUGAACCUCUCAGAAAAAGGGGUAAGUGACAGUUUGCUCUUUGAUACAUCAGACGAUGAGGAGCUGAGAGAACAACUGGAUAUGCAUUCAAUCAUCGUCUCCUGCGUUAACGAAGAGCCCCUCUUCACUGCGGAUCAGGUACUCAUCGGGGAGGGUGUUUACUUCCUGUUGCCGCUCACAGGUCACCUCCUCAGAGAGCUUUUCUUUGACCUCCGACAUAAGCCCCGCAUCCCGGUGUUGAAUUGCCGUGCGUUUGUUAUAUCAACUCCUCAAAUGUGUUUACUGAUUCAGCUUUCCUCUGUAAAAAUCCAGAGAGAGCACCCAUCUGGUGAAUUGGGACUGAACUCCCUUUCCAGGAUGCCUUCCUCCUUAAUUAGUCACGCCCGCUUCAGCAUGGAAGGGAUCUCAAAUGUCAUUCAGAACGGCCUCCGCCACACCUUUGGAAAUUCAGGUGGAGAGAAACAGUACUUGACAACAGUCAUUCCGUAUGAGAAAAAACAUGGACCACCAUCUGUUGAAGAUCUUCAAAUAUUAACAAAAAUUCUUUGUGCCAUGAAAGAGGACAGCGAAAAGGUUCCAAGCUUGUUAACUGAUUAUAUACUGAAAGUUCUGUGUCCUACAUAGGGCAGCAUCGCGUCAGAAGCAGCUUUCUUCCGUGGACUGCAAGCUUGAUUUCGUAUAGCAUUGUUCUGAAAGCCGGCUACCGUUCCCUUCUUGCCAUUGGAAACUCAGCACACUUGAACUUGGGUUUGUGAUUCAGUAUUACUAGAUCACGCUUUCACUAAUUCUUUGUAUUAUGAACCAAGAGAAUUAUGGCACUGUUCUGAAUUCUAGAGGUGUUUUUGUGUUACAUACUAACAGUUACGAGCUCUUGUCCAACUUUGUAGAGGAAGGGGGAGUCACAUUUGUGCAUGCGCAGUUAUAUUUUUCCUGAGCUGACAGUAUGCCCAGUUGAGUUUUUAUGGCUUUCUAGAGCUGAACUGCACUGAACUAGAUUAAAGCAGUGAGAUUUAUAUUGUAGCUGUUUGGUGGUGGUGAGAACCGACGCCGAUCUUUUUAAGGGGACUGUCAGGAUAAAUUUUACCUAAUCAGUAUUGUGCAAGGAGACUGAAAGGGAAACGAGGGCUUUUCUUGGAAGAAGCGGAAGCAGAAUGUGUGGAAGGCCCAGUGGGGAGAGGGCUGAUGUUGGAGGUUGUUGCGGGCUCUACCACUGUUCGGAACUUAACCAUUAAGUUGUCAUUCACUUUCAGAACUUUGUAUUGUUGACCUGUGGGUGUUUAUAUGUUUUGCUUCCCAUGUUUGCGAUGAAGGGUCCUUUACAUGGAGUUUGUGUCCUGUGAGGUGCUUCCGUGUCUGCGCAGCCGCCCCCCGCCCCCACUCCUUUUCUGUCCUUCAUGCCAGAGUGUCCUCCCCAAGUGCUACUCGGGGAAGCAGCUACUCAUCCCUCCGGCACUGGUCCUGAAACACUUUUCUGCCAGUUCCAGUCAAGUCAUUGGCAUUUAAUAAAUGAUGGAAAAGAGGGUAA